GAAGAACACUAGGAAAACAUGAAUCUUUUCCUUCUGCUGGUUGCGUUGGGACUCACAGGAGCGUCUCCCCUGGGGGACUCCAAGGUGUGCCAGCCUCACUCCAGACCCUGGCAGGUCUAUCUGCAUGGUGGAGGAGUGUCCUGCAGUGGAGCUCUUAUCGACGCAUUGUGGAUAGUAACCUCCUUUGACUGUGCACCCACAUCCUACAGCACCAUCGCAUCUCUUGGGGAACAUGACGUGACCGUGGAUGAAGGCACCGAGCAGCACAUCUAUGUUGCUGACGUCAUCCGUCACAGUCCCUACCGCUCGCCCCUCCACAGCCUCACGAUGGUCCGUCUGGCCGAACCCGCCCGCUUCACCCAGCACGUCCAGCCCAUCCCUCUGCCCAGCCGCUGCCCACAGCCUGGAGAGAUCUGCCAUGUCAGCGGCUGGGGAUCCACCAUCCCAAAUCAAUAUGAGCAUUCUCAACGCCUGAAGUGUAUAACUGUGCCUGUUGUGGAUGACCAGACUUGCGUGAACACGUUUCCUGAGUUCCUGUUCUGGAGCAUGGGCAUGGUCUGCGCUGGACAAGCAAACACAGAUAACUGCAUGCGCGAUGGUGGCAGUGUGAUGGUGUGUGACGGCCAGCUGCAGGGUGUGCAGUGGUUCAGUCACGGCUGCAGAAACCCAGCUGACCCCAGCGUCUACACCAAGCUGUGCAUGUACAAUGACUGGAUCCACGAUGUGAUGGACCGCUACGUGCCCACUCUGCCAACUGAAACCACUCCAGGGAUGAUAUGA